AUGGUAGCGAUGUGUGUUUCUACCAAGAAAGAAGCGAGCUUCGAUUGCAUCGAUGGAGAAUGGACGAAUAAUAAAGAGAAUGAUUGCUCCUGCAAACCUGCAUGUCCAAAUAUUCUCGAUCAAGUUACUCAAUUUAACGAAGACAUUCUUCCGGAUUUUUCCAAGUGCAGCUCAAGGACAAAGAACGCCAACUGUCAUGGGCGCUGCUCAACUGCUAAUUACCAACGAAAGAAACAAACGUUCUCAUCACGACUCGAGACAAAGUGCUUUUGUAAAGGAAGCAACUGCUUAUGGGGAAUCAAGAAAGUGCCGAUCAUCGACGCUUUUUGCAUUCGACGGUUUCAUUGCGAGCAUCCGAGACACUAUUUCUCGGCAAAGUUCCCAGACGUCACUUGCAACUCUCCUCUCAAAGAUGGACUUUUCUACGAAGUAGGAACCAAAUGUCAGCUCGAGAACUGCUCUCGACAACCGGCCGCUCUAGCGGAGGGAAUGAUGUGCGACUGCAGCGCUAAUGGGGAAUGUGCAUGGGCUCCCGCAAUCAGCACUCGGAGGCGUUCAGCAAGAGCUACGGAGAAGAGGAAGCCAAGCAAAGUGCGCCAAGUACGAAAUCUCAAGACGAUAAAACGGACAAUAAAGGUCAAGUGCUAG